AUGCCAAUUGUUCAAGCAGAUGAUAUCUCGGGUAAAACAUUCGACUAUAUUAUCGUCGGGACUGCGGGCCUUGUCGUCGCUGCCAGGCUCUCCGAAGACCCCAAUGUGUCCGUACUAGUCCUUGAAGCUGGCCCAGCGAACAUCGAUGAUGCGCUGCUCUGCCGCCCUGCAUCGAUCGGAGCGACGUUUGGCCAAGAGCAGUACGAUUGGUCGUUCAAAACCGUUCCCCAAACCCAUAGCAACAACAAGGAGUACUUUUGGUUCAGUGGCCGAACUCUCGGGGGGAGCUCUGCUGUCAAUUUCUUCGCCUGGAACAAACCACCCGCGGACCAUAUCGAUGAUCUUGAGCGUCUCGGGAACCCCGGAUGGAACUGGGCCAACUUACAAAAGUACAUCGCCAGAGCAGAAGGAUUCGUUCCGCCGACCCCCGAGGAGAUCAAGGAGCACGAGCUGAUUGGAGCUGAAAAUUGGAAGCUCAGAGAAAAAGGUCCGAUCGACCUUGCUAUACCCAAGCGCUUCCUCUCUGGGGAUCUGGACGCCGUUCACACUGUCCUGAACGCCGGUAUCCCGCGCGCCGCAGCUCCAUUGGCGGGCUUAUCCUUCGCCCCGAGCACCAUCAAUCCCGUUACGUUCUCUAGAUCAUUUGCUACAACGGGAUACUGGCUGCCGAACCAGAAUCGUCACAACCUGUCACUCAUUGUCAAUGCUACAGCGACCAAAAUCAUUACUGAAGGCGAGAGCCCAUCGUUGGAGGCCACUGGCGUCCAAUUUGUCAUCAAGGGGGCAAACAAUGUUCAUAAAGUCGUGCAUGCUGGGAAGGAGGUGAUACUGUCUGCCGGGUCUAUCAAGACUCCUCACUUGCUCGAGCUGUCGGGUAUCGGGGACGAGAAAAUUCUGGACAAGGUCGGUAUCCCGGUCAAGAUCGACUUGCCCGGAGUCGGCGAGAAUGUUCAGGAGCAUUGUAUCAUCUCUAUCACGUUUGAGCUCCGAGACGAUGUCUCUUACGAGAUAUUCGACGUUCUCCCAGACCCCGCUCGCGCAGCAAAGGAGCUCAAGCUCUACACAUCACUUCCGAAGAUCCCUUGGCGCAGCCUGCCAUUGACCCACACUACUUUGAGGAAGACAUCCGUCAGAGGUCCUUCACUACAGUUUUCGUGGCGUGCUAUGCUUGCGUCGGAGGCAGACUUGAGGACCUUCGUUGUAGAUGUCAAGUUCAUAAGGAAGCUGCCGACGUUAUCUCCUCACAAGGAAGUGAUUGUCAAGGAGAUCAACCCCAGCCCCACCGUCACCACUGACGAACAGAUCGGCGACUGGAUCAAGAACUACAUGUCCACCACGUUCCACACUGCAGGCUCCGCGUCAAUGCCGCCGAAGGACAAAGACGGAGUUGUGGACCCCAGGCUGAAGGUAUAUGGAACGAGCAACCUCCGCGUCGUCGAUUUGUCUGUGGUCCCCCUCCUCUUUACGGCCCACUCUCAGUCUGUUGUUUACGAGCUAGCUAAGCAAGCCGCGGCCAUCAUCAAGGGCGAGAUCUAA